AUGACAGGGUUCCUCCGCUGGUGCCGCAGCCACGACCCCCGCGCCGCCGCGGCCCUGGCCGCCGCGCCGCCGGGCCAGCGGCCGCCGGAGCAGGCGGCCGCGUGCGGCCGCGAGUGGGCGGCUGCGCCCGAGCUGCGCUGCGGGCUGGAGGAGCUGCAGCAGGGGCUGGAGCAUGUUUUGGAAGAGGACAGCGCAGAGUUCAUGCGUGAGCACAUGCAGCAACUGAGCCCAGCGCUGAGGCAGCUGCUGCCGCGCCUGAACGCCGCGCCGGGCGCGCCGUCGCUGGCGGAAGGCUUGUGGCAAGAGGCGGUGGCGGUGAUGAGGGGCGCGCGCCUGGACCCGGCCAAGGCUGUGCAUGUGGUGUGGUGGGCGGUGUGCAGGCACCAGAUGCGGCAUGGCGAGGAGCAGCAGCAGCGGCAGCGGCGGCGGUCGCCGUGGGGAUGGUCGCGCCGGCCGCGCUACAUUUCAGCGUUCAAAGGGGUCCAUUGGGUGGAGGCGUCGCGCAAGUGGGCCGUCAAGGUGCCCGCAGGGGACCGCCUUUCGACAAUCGCCAAGUUCGAUGACGAGGAGUUCGCCGCGCGCGUGUUCGACGCCGCUGCGCUGCUGCUGAUUGGCGAGGCGGGGUGCGUCAACUUUGGGGCUGCUGACGCCACGGUGUUGAUGGGGCAGCUGCAGGGCAGCCAGGCGCUGCGGAGCAUCGUCAGAAUCGAGUAUGAGCUGAGCAAGGCGAAGGGCGGCCAGGCCGAGGCCUUGACAGGAGAGGCAGCCGCCAUGGCAACAGCGGCGGCGACGUUGGGUGCGCCGGCGGCCGGGGCCGCAGCAGCCGGCGUCGUGAGUGGAAGUGCGCGGGGCGGUGCGGCGACGGCGGCAGCGCUGGACGCGUCAGCUGCGGUGGCGACAGAUGUGGCUGGUCAGGUCAGCCGGCAGAACCAGACCACCACGGAGCAGGACUUGAGCCGGCAGAGGCAGAAGCAGCAGAAGCUGCAGCAGCAGCGGCGGCAGCGGCAGCAGCAACAGCAGCAGCAGCAGCAGCAGCAGCAGCAGCAGCAGCAGCAGCAACAGCAGCAGCAGCAGCAGUCGUCGUCACACGAGCAGACACAUUCGCAGCAGACGGGGCAUCAGGAGCACGACGUAGUCGAGAACAAUUUAGACCAAGACCAUGACGCCGGGGGCGAGCAGCGUGCAACAAAGCGGCCACGGCAGACAUUCGCUGCAGCCCAAGCGCCGGCAGUCGAGCCGGCGCCGACGCGGCAGCAACAGCUGCGGCAGCUGCUGCUGCUGCUGCAGCAGCAGCCACAGCAACAGCAGCAUCAGCAGCAUCAGCAGCAUCAGCAGCAUCAUCGGCAGCGACAGCAGGCACAGCAGCCGCAACAGCCGCAGCAGCAGCAGCAGCAGCAGGCGCAGCAGCGGCAGCAGGAGCAGCAGCCGCCGGAGAUGGAGCAGCAGCCGCCGCCGUCGCCGCCGCUGCCGUCGCCGCCGCCGCAGCAGCAGCAGCAGCAGCAGCAGCAGCAGGACGAGGACUCGUCGUCGGACGAGCCAAACGACCAAAUGGAGGUGGGGGCGGCGGAGGAGUCGGUGGAGUGGGAGGAGGAGUCGGUGGAGUGCGAGGAAGAGGAGGAGGAGGCGGAGGAUGAUGGGGACGAGGAGGAGGAGGAGGAGGAGGAGGAGGGGCGGCGGUCAGUGUACAAAGGGGUGCACUGGCACCGCCGGGACCGCCGUUGGUGCGCGCGUGUGAAGCACGGGCGCUCGGACGUGCACGUGGGCAGCUUCAAAGACGAGGAGGAGGCUGCCCGCGCCUACGACGGCGCCGUGCUGCAUCUGCUGGGCGAGGGGGCCAUCGCGGGCGGCAAAACCAACUUUGGCGUGGAGGCGGCGCGGCCCUGGGCGGCGCGGUUCGCCGUGCGCCAGCAGCAGCGGGCGGCGACGAGGCGGCGGCGCGAGGGGGGCCGCGGGCGGGGCGGCGGCUGCGGGGAGAGGGGGGGAGGAGGGGCGGCGCCAGAGGUGUUUCCGGCCGCUGGGGAGGAGCAGAUGGGGGCGCGGCGCAACAAGGCCGGGCUGGCGUCGGUGACACCCACGCUGAGCUUGGCUGCUCUGUUCAAGUUCAUGGCGACGGCGGCGCCCGGCUGCUUUGCAUGCGCCGGCGGCGACGCGGCCGGGGAAGACAGUGCGGGCAGCGGGCCGCGGGGCGGAGCGAUCAACGGCGGCGGCGGCUGCUGUGGCGACGGCGGCGGCGAUGGCGACUUUAGCGGCGUCAGCGGCCUCAGGAGUGCGGAGGAUCAGCGCCCUGCAGCGCAGCGAGAAGGAGGCGCCGCGCCAGGGACGCGAGGUGAACAGAGCAGCACCGCCCCUUCGCUCACCCCGCAGUCGCCCCCGCGCACUCCCUGCUACCCCGCCCUCCUGUCCUGGCAGUCCCAGCCGCCGCAGGCCGGGACGGCCGCGGGGGCACGGGGAGAGCUCAGCUGA